GGCUCUCUCAUGCCUUGUCUCACUCUUCUUCCUUCCUAAAGCCCUCUUCUGAAGGAUGGUAGCUGCCUCUUUCCGCUACGGCAUGACCAUCACCGGGGCCGUGCUGCUGGUGACAGGGACAUUGUGCUUUGCCUGGUGGAGCGAUGGGGAGGUGGGCUCCACGGUUGGCAGCGGCACUCGCCUUCUCCCUCCCCGGGAAGCCGAGGCAGUUCCCAGCUCCUCCUCCUCCUCCAGCGGCCUGCUCCGCUCUGUCAGCUUCUUCUGCUGCGGCAUCGGUGGCAUCCUCCUCCUCUUCGGCCUCCUCUGGUCUGUGAAAGCCAACGCCAGGGUGGUGUCUCGCCGCUACCAGUACCAUUUCCCCAGGGACCUGCAGUACUUCACCGCGGAGCCUCUGGAGAAGUGGAACUGCAGCACCUGGGACUCCAGUGCCAUCCCCACCUACGAAGAAGCCCUUACGUGCAGACCUGCCCAUGGCAUCCCAGCCUAUGUCCAGCCCCCGGGAAGGAAGGAGGACCUCACACCACCCCUGUACCACUACCUGGAGGAGGAUGAGAGCUGGCAGUGUGGCCGCCGGCGCAGCUCCUCCGACAGCGCCUUGUUCCGCCCCAGCCCAUCCUGGCUGGAGACCCAACACCCUGAGGAGGAGCAGGCAACACCUCCCCCCAGCUAUGAAAACAUCAGUGUCCGGGGGGUCUGA